ACGAUGGAAGGAGGCGAGACUGUUAAAGUGUCGGUAGUGAUUGAUCCUAAACCUAGCAUAAUACCAUGUUCGAACACAUUUACCGCCGAGGAGUUGUGCAUAUUAUUAUGUAAACAGUACAAGAUACCACCACUAACCCGUACUUUAUUUGCAUUAAGAGUGAGAGGAAGAAAUUACUUUCUCAAAGAUAACACCCGCGUUUUAUCAAGCACAAGAGAUUAUGAACUAAGGAUUCGUUUCAAGGUGCCAAGAAUAGGACUUCUAAUUACAUUGGAUGAAACUACAUAUGACUACUAUUUUCAACAAGCAAGGAAUGAUGUUUAUGAAAACAAGAUACCUGAAGUCAAGUAUCCUGAGCACAAGCCGGACCUUCUGGGCCUGGGUAUAACUGACAUGACACGAGCAGUUGUAGAGAAAAAUAUGACACCGAAAGAAGUGGUAAAAAAUUACAAGAAAUUUAUACCAAAAGUAAUAGUAACGAAACAUGGGCCGUACCCGAAGAAAUACGCACACGACUACCUGCCCAACCUCGUCUCCGUUGGAAACAGUGCAAAUCGCGUGAAGAAAUUAUACCUCCAACAUUUGUACGGCUUGGCGCCGAACUACCUGGCGGAGGAGUUCGACAGUGUGCUCUGGCGAAACGGCAACGACACGGUGCCCGUGCGCAUCGUCGUCACCCCCUUCCACCCUCACGAACCGGGCAUCAGGCUCUAUAAUACAGUUACUAGAAAGUGGUUCCACAUGUGUUCGAUAGAAGAAUUAAUUUAUUUGACGCGAAACGGCGACCUUUGGUUAGAAGUUUCUAGAAGAGGAACUCCAUUAUUUUUUAAAUUCAAGUCGGAAGAGCAGUUGUCAUCCUUCAUCUCUGUUUGUGAUGGUUACUAUAGGUUGAUGGUGAAAUGGAUUUUUAAUUUAUCUAAAGACGACGAGACACCGUCUCUGAAAGAAUUACAAAGAAUCAAAUGCCACGGCCCUGUUGGCGGAGCAUUUUCGUAUCGAAAGUUAGAGGAGAAGAGAGCUAAGAAACACGGCAGUUAUAUUUUAAGACAAUGUCAGGACGAUUACAACUUAUAUUAUUUAGACGUUUGUACAAAAAAUAGCACGACAGAAACGUACCGCAUAGAAUACCAUGGCCACUGUUACACGUUCAACGAGCAGGAGUUCCAUAGCAUCGAGAAAAUAAUCGAGUACCACCAGAACCCCGACGGCAGGAUAUUUUUGAACGAGUGCAUACCGCCCUCAGAGUAUGACAAAUCACAGUUGUUAUUGUGUGGAGAACCACAAAAGAAGGGUGUGAGAAUUGACCAGGCAGAGUUACAGGAGAUAUUAAAAGAUAACAAGAGUCCCCGCUGCUUGCCAAGCAAAGACAUACUGCUUUAUACUGGUUCUGAAAAGCUAGGCUCGGAAGGUUUAACGGCGACUUUUAAAGCGCUGUGGAGGCUUGAUGAAACUAAAAAAUUAGUAGUAGCAUUCAAAACGCUACAAAGGGAGAAGACUAAUGACUAUUUGAAGGAUUUCAUCGAGUUAGCAAGCAAAUGGGCGUGCGUGCAAUCCACCUCCAUCGUGCGUUUGUACGGAAUCACUCUGAGCUCGCCGACUGCCAUGGUGCUAGAGUAUCUGCCUUACGGACCCUUCGAUGACUACCUCAGGGAGCACGGAUCGUCAGUGUCGGUGCUGAUGCUGAAGAAGGUGUCGGCGACGCUGGCUCGGGCGCUGUGGGACCUGAGCGAGGCGGGCGUGGUGCACGGGCACGUGCGCUGCUCGCGGCUGCUGCUGGCCGCGCGCGACUCGCGCCUGCAGGUCAAGCUCGCCGGCCCGUCGCUGCGGCGCUACACCGCGCAAGAUGUUCACUGGAUCCCGGUGGAGUUGCACUCGGACAUGAGCCUGGCGCGGCGCUCGGUGGCCGCCGACAUCUGGGCGUUCGCCACCACGCUGUGGGAGGUGUUCUCAUACGGCCAGUCUCCCACCGACACUAACCCCAUCCUCACGGCGAGGAGUUACGAGAUGGGCGAGCGACUUAUGAGGCCCGCGAGGUGCCCGAGCGAGGUAUGGGCGCUGCUGCGGCCGUGCUGGCAGCCCGACCCGCCGCGCCCGCAGGCCAUCAUGCGGGACAUCAACCACAUGCUGCACGCCGAAUACGUACCUGUACAUCAAUAUGAAGAACCAAAGAUUUCUCUAGACAAUAACAUGGACCACGCAGAUACUGUUUCAAGUGACAGAUUCAUACCGAGCGAGAGCGACGCCGGCAGCAACAAAUCGUUGAUAUCGGAGGACAGCAGUGUGCAGUCUAUGAACGGAACGCUGUCCGAACAGUAUAAUAAUUCAUUCGGCGACAGCCUGCGCUUCAACUCGUUGGGGUCGCUGGGGCUGCCGUACGGGCUGCGUGGCGGCGUGUCGGCGCGCUCGCUGAGCUCGGCGGCCGGCGCGCACGACGACGAGCUGCCCGGCGCGCAGCCGCGCCUCAUGGAGUCCAUCGUCAGCCAGGGCAAGACCUACCUCGUCACGCUCAACCGGAGGAUCGGCAGCGGUAACUAUGGGCACGUGUUCAAGGGCGUGAUGGAGUGCGACAACCAGGAGUCGGACCGCAAGGAGGUGGCGGUGAAGAAGCUCACGCGCAACGCCGCCGAGCGCAACUCCACGCUCUACGAGGACUUCAAGAACGAGCUAGAGAUCAUGAAGUCACUGGUUCACGUGAACAUCGUGGAGAUCCUCGGCUACUCUUGGGCGGGCGGCGACGUGCUCAUCGUCAUGGAGUACCUGGAGGAGGGCUCGCUCAACUACUACCUCAAGUUCCAGGGCGACAAGCUGCGCACCGCGCACCUGCUCAAGUACUGCCUCGACAUCGCGUCUGGAAUGGACCACGUGUCAUCAAAAGGAAUCGUGCACCGCGACCUGGCGACGCGCAACAUCCUCGUGGUGAACAAGUACCACGUGAAGAUCUCCGACUUCGGGCUCGCGCGGAUCCUGCCGAGGGAGGAGGAUAACUACCGACUCAAGACGCUGAGGCUUCUGCCCGUCAACUGGUACGCCCCCGAGUCUGCCGUGAAGCCGUACAGCUUCUCGACGAAGAGCGACGUCUGGUCUUACGGCGUGACGGCGUGGGAGAUAUUCACGCGCGCGGCCGUCGAAGUGCCCAAGUUUGACGACGAGCGCCCCCUGGAGAGAGCCUCGUGUUUCCCCAACCCGAAAGACUGCCCCUGGGAGCUAUACGAGCACCUUAUGAAGAUCUGUUGGAAGCUCGACCCCAAGCAGCGACCGACGUUCAUCAACCUCGUGCACACUUGCAAGCGCUUCAUGGAGGAGUACAAAUGAGGUACUGCGUCAUAGCUGCGCCGAAAGGUAAAGAUUAAACCCUAAACGGGUCGCCUAUUGCGAUUAUUAUAUGACAAAUUUUGCCUCACUUGCCAUUGAAAGAUCGUUUGGUGUUCUUAUUUUGAGUGUACGGGAUUAAACGUGCAAUUAUAUAUAUAGGUUUUUUUCAAUCAUAUAAGCGCUCUAAUUCUAUAUUUUAACAUAACACAUUAAAUCAUCUUUUGGUUUGUUACAUUCUGUUCCGAAGUCGUUAAGGUCAGUCUUCAAAUGCUUGCCUACUCGUAAUCAGAAAUGAUAAUUUUGAAUGAAACGUCGUCUUAUAGUCUAACUAAAGGACAAGUAGGAAGAGUUGUUGCUAACAAAAAAGACACAGCAACAGAACAGCAGCAGCUCAAGCAUGUCUGCUGCAAAUUAAUCGAACCGAAAAUAAACCGAAAUUAUAGUGUUCGUUUACGAUUUUGAUUACGAUAUAUUAUAUUACACAGAUUUUGUAAUUCGAAAAUAACGUAUUCUGAUAAUGUAGUCGCUUAAUAACAAUACAUGCACCUUAUGGUUCAUGUUAUUUUGUCUCUUUUAUGAAUGACUAAACGGGUAAAUCAUCUAAGAUGAUUAUAAAGAUGAUUCAUCUUUAUCAUGUAUAAUGUUACGUUGUAUUAAAUAUAUAUUGUAAUAACGACGCACGCGUGCUCUAAGUUAUACAUUUUUAUAAGUAAUUAAUUAAUGAUCAUUUAUUGUGGUUCCUGAAAGCAUUUUCAUCUGUAUCUUUUUCAUAGUUUCAUUUUAUACUUUUUAUAGUCUUAUUUAUUUAUAAGUGAUUUUACUCAUAUUGUUUUAUUGAUUUAAUGAGAGAAAGUUGGUGAGAAAAUGGUGGCAAUAUAAUUUUAAUGUUUUAUAAGAUCUAAUUGUUAACAUAAUUUUAAUAUUUGACUCUAGGUAUGUAGUUUAUGGGUUGAUGGCUUAGUGCUUUUGCUGCUUUCAAUAUUGGUAAAGGUAAAAAAAAAAUUAAUCGCACUUAUGCCUUGAUUCAGUGCGCAGAGUACCCUGUUUUUUGGCCUCUUACUUACUAUUUCCACUUUUCCACGUAAAAUGGAAUAAUGCAAGCCAAGAGGUCUAAUAAUUCAUAAUAAGCAACGAAAAAGAGCUUUCGUUUUCCAUCACAUUGUCACCUUUAUCUAUUUUCAUUGGAAGGUGGAAGUAUUAAAUGUCCAAAGCCAACAACCGGACUGCGUUUGCCAAGUUUCAUGUGUAGUCUUAGGGAUUUUAAACAAACUUUUACUGCACUCGUGUGUAAUUGUUCUGUAUUUAUAAAUUUAAUAGGUUAGGUAUCUACAAAUGAAAAUUGGCAACCAGAAUGGAGAUUACUGUUUUAUUAUACUAAUAAACAAACAGCAAAAAAACACCAAAUGCGCAAACAUAGUAGCGUAUACUUUGGUGUAAUAUCAAAUGAAAGCGCCACGAGAAAUGAAAUAGAAUUCCCUGAUGCAUCGAAUGAGGACGGAUGUCUGUCAAUUUAUUCAUGAUUCCUCUAGGGAACCCUAUGCCUAUCUCAAAUCGAAUUUUGCAUCUAUGUUCCAUGGCUGUAAUAUAGUGUUGAAGCAGCAGAAAGUAUCUAAAAUUAACCGGAAAUGUUUGCUAAAGAGCUUGGAUACUGUACAAAUUAUGUAAUUAUUGAACUAUUAAGAGUACGUUAAUUAUAAAAUAUGCAAUUUAUGUUUUGAGAAACUUAUUAUAGACUAGAGCCCCAUACAUGGAAAAAAUAACAACCGGUAUGUUUUUAACGGUAAAUGAAAUGAUAUUUAAAUAUGUUCUGGAAAUCAUUUAGAAUGAAGGGUUAUUCCAAAAUCCGCGGAGGUUGUCUGCAAGUGCAUGUGUCUUAAAUGUUGAUGAAGAAAGUAUGCUAACACGAUUCAUUAAUAAACCUGCGACUUUCUAGUUUAUGAAUAGUUUCUUAAUUAAGUACUAUUAAAUUUUGCUAGUCCAAUUGUACUAGACAAAUCUCUGCAGUCAUCGUAAGAAUAAUUUUAACCACAUUUUAUCCUCAUAGCGUGAUCAGUCUGAAUUCUCAUUUCCUAAGAAAACAAUCUUUACUUUGUGUGUCAUAUAACUCAUAUAUUCAUAAACAUGUACAGACGAGUUCAAAAACAUCUUUACAAGCCAACGUUAUAAAAUAGUUAUUUACGAUACAAGUGCGGAAAAGAGGAAAUUCGAAACGAGUGGC